GCAAAGACAACCGAAGCACAUCCUCACCACCUCCGCCUCCAUACACCUUCACGACCGAGACAGAGCUGGAAGGGGAACAUGCCGACUCAGACGUGGUUCCUGGUAUCGCUGCCAAAUUCAAUCUCUCCCUCGGGCGACCGCGACGAAGCUCUCACAGCAUUACGGUCAGCAGUAUCCAACGACAAUGGCACUACCUACCCCUUCAACAUUCCCGAGUUCAAGAUCGGCACUCUCGAUGCAUUAGUGCAGCAGGCAGAUGAUUUGGCAAAGCUUGAAGCAGGAUGCAAAGGUGUGGUGGACAAAGUUGCCGACUCACUGCGGAAUCUGCUCGAAGGAGACGAGGAUAAGAUUCAGGAACAGAAGGUUGUUAACGACAAGCCUGUCGAGUCAUACCUUCAAUCUUUCCAAUGGAACAGGGUCAAGUACCGCGCCGACAAGCCCAUAGGCGAGCUUCUUGAUCUUCUGCAGAAAGAAGUGGCUGCUGUGGACAACGAUGUCAAAGCCAAAUUCCAACAGUACAAUACGACCAAGGCGAAUCUCGCAACCCUUUCGCGAUCACAGACAGGCAACCUCUCGCAAAAAUCGCUAAACGCGGUCGUAAAUCCAGAAACAUUACUCAAGCCCGAUGACAGCGAAUACCUACAACAACAUCUCGUCGCCGUACCUUCGCAAGGUGUGAAAGAGUUCUACAAGAAAUAUGAAUCGAUCUCACCCAUGGUCGUACCAAGAUCAGCGAAGCUGCUCGCCAAGGAUGACGAAUUCCAGCUAUUCGCGGUGACGACAUUUAAGAAGCACGCUUCAGAAUUCAUACACAAGGCACGAGAGUACAAAUGGGUGCCGAGAGAUAUGACAUUCUCGGAUGGAGGUAAAGAAGGAGAAGAGCAAGAACUGCGAAGGCUGGAGAAGGAGGAGCGAAGAGUCUGGGGUGAGGCGCUGCGAUUGGGACGAACAGGAUACAGUGAUGCGGUCAUGGGCUGGAUACACGUUCUCACGUUGCGCGUCUUUGUCGAGACGGUGCUUCGAUAUGGUCUGCCGCUAGCCUACGUUUGCGGGCUGAUCAAGACCGACUCAAAGCGCUCGAAGAAGACGAAACAAGCACUUGACGCGCGAUUCUCGGAUCUCGGAGGCAACGCCAUGUUCAAAGACAAAAAGGGCCGACCUAAGCAAGACGAUAGCAGCAUGCAGCAAGAGAUGGCAGCGAGCGGUUUUGGUGGAGACCAAGGUUUCGAGCCUUAUGUUUUCUAUGCGUUCGAAAUCAUAUGAUUUGUACAUUAUGCUGCUGACAACCCACGAUACCAUAGCAAAAUGCAUGUGCCGUGGCACCGGGCCAGGG